AUGGCGGCGCCCAGCUAUGAGGCACCACCCAGCUACGAGGCUCCCCAGCUGCCGAGCUACCCUAGCUACGAAGCCCCCAAGCAGACGUACCAGGCCCCGAAGCAGGCCGCCCCUGCCGGACCGGUGGAUCUGCCAGUGCAGUCGACGUACAACCGCCGAUUCAUCGACCUGCCCACUGCUGCCGCCUACCCCCAGGCGCCCCUCUCGGUGAACAUUCCCGCCUCUGAGCAGCCGCUUUCCUUCACAUUCCGUUCUCGAUCCAGUCCGCUGAAUAUUGAGCACUACCACGAGGGCAGUCUCGGCUCCUACCAGGAAACCAAAAGUGAGGACGCACCUCACUACAGAGUCCACACAGUAACCCGGCCAAUAUUUCACAAGAUCGAAGAGGUUAUAGUUCCUCAUCGUAUAUCUUCGCAACAGAUUCAGGACGUGAAGGAGAGUGUGGAGCAGGUGGUUGCGAAACAAGCACAAUACAAAGCACCCAAGCCAGCACCGAAACAGACCUAUCAGAAACCGACACAAGCUCCUAAAACUUCAACCUACCAAAAAGCAGCACCAAAAGCACAAACCAACAAAGUCAAACUAGCCAAUAAAUAA